AUGGGAAUGGCUUGCCUUACAAUGACAGAAAUGGAAGGAACAUCCGCAUCCCCUGUACAUCAGAAUGGUGAUAUUUCUGGAAAUGCUAACUCUGUGAAGCAAAUAGAUCCAGUCCUACAGGUCUAUCUUUAUCAUUCCCUUGGGAAAGCUGAGGAGGAUUAUCUGAAGUUUCCAACUGGAGAGUAUGUUGCUGAAGAGAUUUGUAUUGCUGCUUCUAAAGCUUGUGGAAUCACACCUGUAUAUCAUAGUAUGUUUGCUUUAAUGAGUGAAACAGAAAGGAUCUGGUAUCCACCCAACCAUGUCUUCCAUAUAGAUGAAUCAACCAGGCAAAACGUACUCUACAGAAUCAGAUUUUACUUUCCUUACUGGUAUUGUAAUGGCAGCAACAGAACCUAUCGACAUGGAAUAGCUCGAGGUGCUGAAGCUCCUCUUCUUGAUGACUUUGUCAUGUCUUACCUUUUUGCUCAGUGGCGGCAUGAUUUUUUACAUGGAUGGAUAAAAGUACCCGUGACUCAUGAAACACAGGAAGAAUGUCUUGGGAUGGCAGUGUUAGAUAUGAUGAGAAUAGCCAAAGAAAAGAAUCAAACGCCACUGGACAUCUAUAGCUCUAUCAGCUACAAGACAUUUUUGCCAAAAUGUGUUCGAGCAAAGAUCCAAGAGUAUCAUAUUUUGACAAGGAAGAGAAUAAGAUACAGAUUUCGCAGAUUUAUUGAGCAAUUCAGCCAUUGCAAAGCCACUGCCAGAAACUUGAAACUUAAGUAUCUUAUAAAUCUGGAAACUCUUCAGUCUGCCUUCUACACAGAGCAAUUUGAAGUAAAAGAACCUGGAAGAGGUCCUUCAGGUGAGGAGAUUUUUGCAACCAUUAUAAUAACUGGAAACGGUGGAAUUCAGUGGUCAAGAGGGAAACAUAAAGAAAGUGAGACACUGACAGAACAGGAUUUACAGUUGUAUUGUGAUUUUCCUGAUAUUAUUGAUAUCAGUAUUAAACAAGCAAAUCAAGAAGGCGCAAAUGAAAGCAGAAUUGUAACUAUUCAUAAGCAAGAUGGUAAAAGUCUAGAAAUUGAACUUAAGUCAUUAAGAGAAGCUUUGUCUUUUGUGUCAUUAAUUGAUGGAUAUUAUAGAUUAACUGCAGAUGCACAUCAUUAUCUUUGUAAAGAAGUAGCACCUCCAAUGGUGCUUGAAAAUAUACAAAGCAACUGUCAUGGCCCAAUUUCAAUGGAUUUUGCUAUCAGUAAACUGAAGAAAACAGGUAAUCAGACUGGACUCUAUGUACUUCGAUGCAGUCCUAAGGACUUUCAUAAAUACUUUCUGACUUUUGCUGUUGAGCGAGAGAAUGUUAUUGAAUAUAAGCACUGUUUGAUUACAAAAAAUGAGAAUGGAGAAUACAACCUCAGUGGUACUAAGAAGAACUUCAGUAAUCUUAAAGAUCUUCUGAAUUGCUACCAGAUGGAAACUGUUCGCUCGGACAGUAUAAUUUUCCAGUUUACUAAAUGCUGUCCCCCAAAGCCAAAAGACAAAUCAAACCUUCUAGUCUUCAGAACCAAUGGUAUUUCUGAUGUACCAACCUCACCAACUUUACAAAGGCAUAAUAAUGUGAACCAAAUGGUGUUCCACAAAAUUAGAAAUGAAGAUUUGGUAUUUAAUGAAAGCCUUGGCCAAGGAACUUUUACAAAAAUUUUUAAAGGUAUAAGACGAGAAAUAGGAGACUAUGGUCAGCUGCAUGAAACAGAAGUUCUUUUAAAAGUUCUGGAUAAAGCACAUAGAAACUAUUCAGAGUCUUUCUUUGAAGCAGCAAGCAUGAUGAGCCAGCUUUCUCACAAACAUCUGAUUUUAAAUUAUGGAGUAUGUGUCUGUGGAGAGGAGAAUAUUCUGGUUCAGGAAUUUGUAAAAUUUGGAUCACUAGAUACAUAUCUGAAAAAGAAUAAAAAUUCUAUAAAUAUAUUAUGGAAACUUGAAGUGGCUAAACAGUUGGCAUGGGCCAUGCAUUUUCUAGAAGAAAAAACCCUUAUUCAUGGGAAUGUGUGCGCCAAAAAUGUUCUUCUUAUCAGAGAAGAAGACAGGAAGACAGGAAAUCCUCCUUUCAUCAAACUUAGUGAUCCUGGCAUUAGUAUUACAGUUUUGCCAAAAGACAUCCUGCAGGAGAGAAUACCAUGGGUACCACCUGAAUGCAUUGAAAAUCCUAAAAAUCUAAACCUGGCAACAGACAAAUGGAGUUUUGGUACCACAUUGUGGGAAAUCUGUAGUGGAGGAGAUAAGCCGCUGAGUGCUUUGGAUUCUCAAAGAAAACUACAAUUUUAUGAAGAUAGGCACCAGCUUCCUGCACCAAAGUGGACAGAAUUAGCAAAUCUUAUUAAUAAUUGCAUGGAUUAUGAACCAGAUUUUAGACCUUCUUUCAGAGCCAUUAUAAGAGAUCUUAAUAGUUUGUUUACUCCAGAUUAUGAACUAUUAACAGAAAAUGACAUGUUACCAAAUAUGAGAAUAGGUGCCCUAGGAUUUUCUGGUGCUUUUGAAGACCGAGACCCUACACAAUUUGAAGAAAGACACUUGAAAUUUCUACAGCAACUUGGCAAGGGUAAUUUUGGGAGUGUGGAGAUGUGCCGGUAUGACCCUCUACAAGACAAUACUGGGGAGGUGGUGGCUGUGAAAAAGCUCCAGCACAGUACUGAAGAGCACCUCAGAGACUUUGAAAGAGAAAUUGAAAUCCUUAAAUCCUUGCAGCAUGACAACAUUGUAAAGUACAAAGGAGUCUGCUACAGUGCUGGCCGGCAUAAUCUAAGAUUAAUUAUGGAGUAUUUACCAUAUGGAAGUUUACGAGACUAUCUCCAAAAACAUAAAGAACGGAUAGAUCAUAAAAAACUUCUGCAGUAUACAUCUCAGAUAUGCAAGGGCAUGGAAUAUCUUGGUACAAAAAGGUAUAUCCACAGGGAUCUGGCAACAAGGAAUAUAUUAGUGGAGAAUGAAAACAGAGUUAAAAUAGGAGAUUUUGGAUUAACCAAAGUCUUGCCACAAGACAAAGAGUACUACAAAGUGAAAGAGCCUGGUGAAAGUCCCAUAUUCUGGUAUGCACCAGAAUCACUGACAGAGAGCAAGUUUUCUGUGGCUUCAGAUGUUUGGAGCUUUGGAGUGGUUCUGUAUGAACUUUUCACAUAUAUUGAGAAGAGUAAAAGCCCACCAGCGGAAUUUAUGCGUAUGAUUGGCAAUGACAAACAAGGACAGAUGAUCGUGUUUCAUUUGAUAGAACUCCUGAAGAAUAAUGGAAGAUUACCGAGACCAGAUGGAUGCCCAGAUGAGAUUUACGUGAUUAUGACAGAAUGCUGGAACAAUAAUGUAAACCAGCGCCCCUCUUUCAGAGACCUAGCAGUUCGAGUUGAUCAAAUAAGGGACAGCAUGACUGGAUGAAAGAAAUGAACUUCACUCUGAGAC